GUCGCAUUAGCCAAUGAGCGGCCGGCGAUGUGUGUGUUGUGCGGCUGCUGUGCUGGGCUGCUACGAGCGAGUUUAAGCAGCUAGUAUGGCGGAGGAGGGCACUUUGCUCGACUUGGAGGGUCUAGGCAAACAAUUACAGUCACUCGUAAGCUCUUAUUCAAGUGACGAGUUGCGGGGGGACAGCAAAACGUUCUGUUCGGAGUAUUGUAAGCUGGUAGAAGAGUACACCUCUCGCUGGCAGACGCCACUCCCUCAACUCAGGAUCCUUGAGGCAGCGCUGUGCCACUUCACUCGGGCCUCAUCCUCCUUCCCAUCAAGCUGCGAUCACGUACUUCACACACUCAGUAGUUUGGCCUUGAGUGUUUUUGAGUUGCUGCUUUUCUUUGACGAGCUGGACUUCCACAAAGACCCAUUGAAACACUUCUCUGUUAAAUUCCAGGAAUGUCAUUUUGCCCUUGAAAGGCAUCAGAAUGUUCACUUACUUCAGGUUGAGCCUUUGGUUCGUGCAGGAGGUGCUUGGGCCAGUACAACCUUGAAGGAAAUACUCAGGGAAUCCAGUUUACCUCAGAAUGAAGUGGACAGGUUCCUCAGCUCUGAGCUGCCAGUAUUCUUGGAGCUACGGGUGCGCUACCUUAUAUCUUGUGAGCGUGUCAGUGAGGCUUUAGCCCUGGCCAAGUGUUGUAUUCGUCAUCCGACGGCAGGGAAACACUUCUUCUUCCUCCAGGUUUACCUCACAUGGCUUUACAAGACACAGCGUGAUCAGCUGCUUAAAGAGGUGGGUGAAAAAAGUAUAGCAGUAAGGACGUUUCUUCUCAGCUGCCAUUCAGCUGUGCUGUUGAUUAUUUUGUCUUUUAACUCUAACCUGAAAUGUUUCUCACAGGUGGUUGACCUUAGCGUUAAAGAUGCAGUACACAUCAUUGUUAGUUUAGAGUAUGAGGAAACAAAUGAUCUGUUGUUAGCCCUGUGCCAGGUGUUCCUUUCCCAACAACUUGGCAGGGGUGACAUGUACUAUUUAUGGGAGCUUGUUUUUGUGUGGAGCAAACUUCACAAUCGGCUGAAUACUUCCAAACAAGCUUUUCUUGAGGAAAGUCGUCGGCUUAUGCUGUCUGCUACCAAUGUCUAUUCAAUUUUCCCAUUUGUCAGAGUUGUAAUACAAGAGCUGGGUGGAGAUGGGGUCCAGUUUUGUGUGGAGCUUUGUGCAGAUGCCUUGAAAUCUUGUCUCCCGUGUGAUGUUAUCACCAAGUCGCUGAUUUGUAAAACUAUUGCUGGCCUGCUUCCCAACGAUCUGGAAGUGUGUCGGGCAUGUGCCCUCAUCGUCUUUUUCUUGGAACGUACUGUGGAAGCCUACAAGAUGGUGUAUUCGCUCUAUAUGCUUCCAGAUCAGGACUACCACGUCGAGCAUAGCCCCAUCAGAAAUCAAAUCCGAUUUGAAACACUGCAGGUCUUGAAGAAAGACCUUUACUUUGACCCAGAGUUUUGGAAUCUCAUUGCUUUGCGGACCAAUUGUUUGAAACUGAUGAGUGAGAAAGUGGUUGAUGCUGCCCUCAAAGAAAUCAUGGAGGAACCAUGGGUCCCAAACUACUCUGCGAAAGAGAUUUCAUUUGUGCAAAGCACGUCAACAGGAGAAGAUGACAAAGGAACAGCAAAAAAGCCCCAUCAUAAUGAUGGCAGACAUAAAGAAAUUAGCACUGUGGAGGCACCCAAAAAACUUAAGUUGGACCAAGGCAAAACGCGACUGAAUGUUGGCAACGCUGUGAAAAAAAAGGGCAACCACAGGUCAAAAUUUACAAAGGAAGCAUCUCAACCUUUAAGGCGCUCAUUUUGGCAGCUUGACAGGAUACAUGACAGAGGGUCUGGGCAACUAAGACGAGUUACCCGAUUGUCUGAAAAAGAUCCUCCAAAACGGAGGAUUCAAAAACCCAAAUGGCUACUGGAAGAUUCUGGUAAUCUGCAAGAGUCAAAGCUUAGGAAACAUGGUUUGAAACAUCGAAGGGUCCAUCAGUCGUCUGCCUUGAAGAGGUCGGAAAUUGUUCAGCUCCAGAACAGCACACAACCCAAGGGGGCUCAAAACUCUUGUACCAAGCAUGAGAGAGAAUUUCCUUUGGAAGCUAUAGAACCAGCUUCUGCUCCACAAGUAAUUCUGGAGCUGUCGCUACCCGACAAUGAGCUGUUGGGAACGUUCAUUGACGAUUGCAACAGACAGAAAGUCUGUCCUCCAAUGCUCUUUUAUAAACCAACACUAAAGCUUCCUGACCCCUCCCAUCCUGUAAAGGUGUUGCAUGGAAAAGAGGUCAUCCUAAGAGCAAGGGAUGCAACUAUGCUUGUGCAGCUCUUGCACUGUUAUGCUCGCAGGCCCAAAGGAAAGGGUAAUGGGUCAAAUAUUCAUGGAUCCGUAUCAACAAUCACACGCUCUUCUGCUCAUGGGAGUCCCCCCAAAGAGCCACUGAGAGUGCUUUGUGAGAAACCUAAUGCUGAGACAAGGGGUGGUUUAAACUCUGACGAUGCAGUUGCGACUGAACGUCCAGAACCAUCAAUCUCAGUUUUACAGUUGUCAGCAAAAGAGCUUCUAGAAAAGACAGAUAUUAAAAAAGCGGCUCCUUUGAACAAAUUAGUUAUAUUAAAAGGAACAGAAACUCAAAUUGUAGGUAAAAAUCAUCAUUCGCAAAGCACAGACAAAGUCCAUACCACAGUUAAAUCCCUAGAACUCUCUGAAGAAUCUUCUGUUGAGAUGGUGACUUUUGCUUCACAAAGCCCAGCAGUAGGGAAAGUCACGCAACAGCCAACCACAGCUUCCACUGAGUUUUCUCAGACCUUUAAUACACAAAGCAGUCAAAUAGAAGCUACUGAAUACAACUUGCCAGUGUCCAGUACAUUAACUAAUGAAAACCCCGACUCUCCAUGUCACAUGCCUCUCCAAGUUAGACAAGCUCUUGUAAACACAGAUGGGGAACAACAGCCAAAACCACUUAUGUCUCAUUCUGAAAAUGACAAAAAAAUUAUUGACAAGGCCAAAGAUGCUUUGAGGGUUACACAACACGAACAUUCUAAUCAUAUUAAUGAUAUUUCAGCCUUGGUAACAGAGAGAGUCACUCAGUUUCCUCCUGUUGAACUUCAAGACAUGGAGAAUCACAAAGAACCUGCAGACACUCGCUCCAAGGAAUCAGUGCUUCAAAAUGAAAGCAAUGUUGCAAAUUCCUCCAGUCAUACAGUGCCAAAACCCGCCACCACUGCAUAUAUGCAAGGAAAUGAACAAAAAAGGCCAGCCGCUGACAGUGUUGGUGACUUUGAGGACAAUGAAAUGAUAGACACACAGGAAUCCUACUUGGAGUAUUGCUGUACUACUGAUCUUCCUCGAGCCAUGGAGAAUCACAAACAGCCUACAGACACUCGCUACAAGGUAUCAGGGCUUCAAAAUAAAAGCAGUGUUCCAAAUGCCUCGAUUCAUAUAGUGCCAGAACCAGCAACCACUGCAUAUAUGCAAGGAGAUGAACAAGAAAGGUCAGCAGUUGAUGACUACUUUGAGGGCAACAAAACAAUAGAAACAGAGGAAUCAAAAUUGGAGUAUUGCUGCACUGCUGAACUUCCUCGAGCCAUGGAGUGUUACAAACAACCUAUAGACGCUCACUCUAAGGAAUUAGUGCUUCAAAAUAAAAGCAAUGUUGCAAAUGCCUCCAGUCAUUCUGUGCCAGAACCAGCAACCACUGAGUAUUUGCAAGGAAAUGAACAAGAAAAGUCAGCCGUUGAUGACGGCAAAACGAUAAAAAAAGAGGAAUCCAAAUUGGAGUAUUGCUGUAAUGCGGCACUUCCUCGAGACAUAGAGAAUCCCAAACAACCUACACAUAUUCACGCCAAGGAAUCAGUGCUUCAAAAUAAAAGGGAUGUUGCAAAUGCCUCUAGUCAUAAAGUGCCAGAACCAGCAAUCACUGCAUAUAUGCAAGGAAAUGAACAAGCAAGGUCAGCCGAUGAUGACGGUGAUGAUGAUUUUGAGGACGAUGAAACAGUAGAAACGGAGGAAUCCAAAUUGGAGUACUGCUGUACUUUUUGUCAGAAAGAUUUUAAGGGCAGACGUGUGGUAAUACAUGCUAUGUUCCAUUUCCGUAAGGAUGAGUGUAUGUUUUGUGGGACUAUGUUCAAAGAUGACCUCCUGGCCAUGAUGCACCUGUCUGAUCAUAUUGAGAAGCUCAAAAGAAGUAAGGAGUUAGCCAGUAACAAAGCACAACAAGAGUGUGUGUCAGAAACCAAAGAUGUAUCCCAAUCCAAGACCUCUGCCAAAGAUAAUUCUCCCAACAGGCUGUCUGACCAUCACAUAAGUAGGAGGCUGAGGAAGUCCUCAAUCUGCAAUAAAUCUGUUAGCCAUCCAGAGGCACACUUACUAUUAAAAUCCAGAAAUUUACGAUCAAAUGACAAGCCAGUUGAUGGUUGCUUUGUACAUAAAAACUUACAAAAUGAGUGCAAUGACAGCAAAUUUCCUGAAAGCAAGGUAAAUGGGCAUAUUGGCAAAAAUAGUCAACUUGACCAAAUGAAACAGACCACUUCAAAAGCUGAAGACAAGCAGAGACAUCCUCCACACAGCACUAUUAAAGACAAAGCAUGCAACCCCAAGGUGAAUCAUGUGAUGCCCAAAUCUUGUGAGUCCUUUGCAUCAUCGGUACAGAAGAGGAAACUCAUUGAAUGUUCUAAGGAUGGUGUAAUUAAGGACAGGAAAAAGGUUAAUCAGGACAAAAGGGUAGAGCCUAUAGAGAAAGUAGACUGUCCAGCAGAUGGCUGUACUUGGUCUACAGACCUUUGUAAAAACCGUGUUGCACUCCUCUACCAUGCUCUGGAGCAUCACUACGGUGACACGAAACCUUUAGAGCUGUCGUUUAAAGUGGCAAACAACAAAUGCAGUAUUUGUAUGAGGGUUUUAUGGAGUUUUGAACAUUUUCAGCAUCAUGUGGAAAGACAUUGGCUCAGUCCUCGGCAUCCCUGCCUUCAUCUGGGUUGUACUGCCAGGUUCAAAACCGGAAAUGAAAUGAGACGUCAUGCCAGAAAACACACUCCGCUGCAGGCUGUGUGCUGCUUGCCUGGUUGUUCUGAACUUUUUAUUUGUCUCUGGGCAUUGAACCUACAUGAAAGAGAGCACUAUGCUUCCAAAUCUACCAAGCCCAAGCCAGUAAAGACUGUGGACCUGCAGACGGAUGAUAAACCAAACAGCAUGCAGGUAAAAGCUAGAAUCUCUGCUAUGAAAGGGACUUUGAGCCAGCCGACUCGUAAAUUCAGGGGGCAUGUAUCUCAUGACUCAACAGCAAAAUCCGUCAGUAAACCUCCUUCCAGUGUAAAAACAUCUCUAGUGAAAGAAGAGCUGAAAACAAGAAAUGAGUCCAAGCAUUCAAACAUUUUAAAGAAUCUCUGCAGCAAGGACACUACCACACUAUCAAGUAAUUAUAGUUUGAAUCUAAGGUUAAGAAAAGGUCAAACAACAAAGACUAAUCUGGUGGCUGCCAAAAGUCUGGAAUUACCGUUCUUUAGACGCAGGGGCAAAUUGAGGCAUAAAUUCAAGAAAAAGCAGGUCAAUGUGAACCAAACUGAAAUGGUCCCAAAAAGAAGAGGCCGUCCACGAAAGUCAAAAAAAGCAACGCAUGACAACAACACGACUAAGAGGCGAAAGGUUCAAAGUUUAAAGAGUGAAACUCUACAGCCUGAGACGGCACAGCCUCCAACGAUUAGCAACAAGUUAGAAAUGAAAGAAGAGCCCAAGCAUGUCAUUGAUGCUGGCAAGAUGACAGAAAUACCACACCAUAGUUUAAAGUCCAAAAGAUCAGUGAGUAUGAACACAAGGAGCGAUCGUGUUGAACAAAAGUUGUCCUCUGACAGACGCUCCCCUCUAACUGUGGCUUCUGGGAGUUCAGUCGAUCCUGCGCAUAAAUUAAGUGCUGCUAAUUUGACAAGGUGCAGUGCUUCAAAAGACAGUGACUCUUUAGGUGCCAAUAGGACAAAGAAGAAAAGGGUUACGCCAAUAAAAAGUUCUCACAGAGAGUCUGGAUUGCCAGCAACUUCAAGGGACCCUGCAAAGUCAACAUGUAUUGAUGUACCCCAGAGGUCUGACGAUGACAAGGAAAAGGUUGAGAAAACACGUUCAUCCCAAGGUAACCCUGCUGAUUAUGUUCCUUCUGCCACUGCAGUGAACACGAAGAAGAGUCUAAUUAGAAAUAAGAAAAUAGAAAAGGCACUUCAUUGGCAGAAUGGUAAAAAGAAAGUCAUGAAGAAAAAGUCAACUGAAGAACCUUCAGAUGGGACUAGUGAUGGCUCGAGUUCCACCAUGUCCAAUUUAAAGAGAAACUCAAAGCAAGAACCUUCAGAUGUAGCUAGUGAUGGCUCCAGUUCCACCAUGUCCAAUUUAAAGAGAAACUCAAAGCAAGAACCUUCAGAUGUGGCUACGGAUGGCACCAGUUCCACUACGUCCAAUUUAAGGAGAACGUCAGAGGAAGAACCUUCAGAUGUGACGAGUGAUGGCUCCAGUUCCACCAUGUCCAAUUUAAAGAGAAAGUCAAAGGAAGAACCUUCAGACAUGACUCGUGAUGCUUCCAGUUCCACCACGUCCAAUUCGAAGAGAGAGUCAAAGGAAAAACCUUCAGACAUGACUCGUGAUGGUUCCAGUUCCACCACGUCCAAUUUAAAGAGAAAGUCAAAGGAAGAACCUUCAGACAUGACUCGUGAUGCUUCCAGUUCCACCACGUCCAAUUCGAAGAGAAAGUCAAAGGAAGAACCUUCAGACAUGACUCGUGAUGAUUCCAGUUCCACCACGUCCAAUUCGAAGAGAAAGUCAAAGGAAGAAUCUUCAGACAUGACUCAUGAUGGUUCCAGUUCCACCACAUCCAUUUUGAAGAGAGAGUCAAAUGAAGAACCUUCAGACGUGACUCAUGAUGGUUCCAGUUCCACCACGUCAACCGUUCAGGCUGAACACACAGCACAUGAACCUACUUCAAAGUCAAAGGAUGUGGAGGUUAGGAGGAACAAAGCUACCAAAGGAAUUAAAAAAGGAGAAAUAAAGACUAGCAAGAAAAGACCACAUCCAGAUCAAAGGACUUCGACUAAAGUAGCAACUGAAUCUAAACCUGAAGCUCCAAACAGCAGUGAAGUGAAGGCCAGACAAGUGGACAACUGUGUUGGAGAGCAGGUACACAUAAACAAAACAUCUGAAUGUGCCAAAGGUAGACGCGGUCACAGUCUGAAGUCAAGGUUGGCAAAAAAGUAUGACAGAUCCACAUUGUGCAUGGACACACUGGCCGAGUACGGAAAGAAGCACAUCCGUGCGCCUCCCACGGCCUACCUCGACGAGAAGUUCACCACCAUGCCCAAAAGAAGGAAGGAGGCGGCGUUACCAUACGACAUGACCGCCUGGCCCGAGGAGGUGCUCGUCGUUGCCGCUCCACAGAGACAGCGGUGUGCCAAUUGCUUCACCACCUUCAACAGUGCAGAGGAGCUGCACAGUCACCGCCAACUCCAGCGCUGCUCCAGCCUCUUUGGCUUUGACUCUGAUGACGAGGGUAAAAGUUGAAUGACUUGACCUGAAUCCAAUUUGAGUGGACCUUGUGGAUGCAGAACUGACUGGCCUGUUGACCUAUAUAGAACGUGGUUGGAUGAUGGUUCACUGGAGCUCUUCAGGACUUAAUAAUGUAUAUAGAUGUUGAUGUACAGACCAAAAGCGUCACAAUGGUGACAUUUGUUAAUAAAGCCGAGGAGGUAACCAGUGAGUGAAAGACCUCCAGCAGCCCAGUCAUUUUUGAUGAACAGUUCGUACUGAAGUGCCUGCUCUGGAUCCACAGCUUCCAGCUGCUUCAUCUGUGUCGUUACGGACUCUUGACACAUGGCCAGAACUGCCGCAAGGAUACUCUUUCCCCAUCAGUAAGCCAUAAAAAGAGGAUUUGUUUGCCUUUGCACUCUUAUAAUCUACAGGUUCAUGCUAUUUUAACAUUUUAGAAUGAAAUGCAAGUUUAAUUUUCAACUAUUCUCGUUAUCUGUCUUUGGAGCUGCCAGUAGAGGUCAGUGUGCAACUCAACCUCAGGUGGCUGCAGUCUUACCCCAACCUAAGUUCUUUUUUUUGCAGAUUUGCUUCACACCGCAGGUCGUUUCAGAAAUACGUCAUUGAACAGGCCUGUGUGUGCUAUAAACAUUACCCUGUUGUCUUUCAGCCUUCCUUCAACGAAUAAGAAAGUUACCGCAGUUUUAACUGUUUGCAGGAAGCUGCAGCAGGUUCUAUUUAUUUUAUAUUUUGUAUUGUAAAUAUUAGGAGAGUUUCAAUUGCUUAUGUCAGGGUUGGUAGGAGCGCAGUUUAUAUUUGUUUUUGGAGAAAAUAAAACUUAUUUCACGUUA